CGUGCUGUCUGAGGCGCAUCGGUGGCUUUGGGUGGCUUUGAGGACCGUAACGUACUUCCCUUAAGCAGCAUUGCUCCUGCUCUACGUGCGGUAGCCAGCGGCAGGUCGUAGAGGCAGCCCAAUUAUGGGCAUGCUAGCAAUGCAUCUCCUAUGCAGCUAAGCCUCGCCCUGCUGCUGGCCGGCACGGCCCGGGCAGCCAAGACGAUGGUUGGCGGCGAAGCGGUGAACAACGCGCACCUCGCCCUACUCAAGCAGCGUUUCCUCGCGGGAAUGGAUCGCAGCGGCGGCGUUUGGGGGCCGGCGCUCAGCGAUUGGUCGACGGCGCAGCGGCGUGAGCGCAAGGAGAACGGUAAGUUCCUCAUCGCCUUCGCCGACGACUAUGGAUUGGGCAACCGCAUCAACAUCGUCACGUCAACGCUCGCGCUCGCGAUGGCGACGGGGCGAUCGCUCAUCGUGCUCUGGCCGCACACGGAUUGUAGAUACCUGUGUGGAAAUCAAAAUUUUACGGCGCGUUCGUUGUCCUCCACGCCAUCGACGCGACGCCUGCUCGAUGGCGUGGCGAUGCAGUACCCGACGCACUGGUUGAUUUCCACACAGGCAGACACACGAACCACGGCGACUGCGACCCGACGUCGAUCAACGACCUAUUUGUGGAGAACGAAACGAGGGCGCAGUGGGGCGUCGGGAGUCAUACCCAGUGCAUAAAUCAAAUUGUCGCGGCGCGUCCGUCACGGCUGAAUCAUGGCCUCCACGCCAUCGACGCGAUGCCUGCUCGACGGCGUGGCGGUGUGGUCUCUCGCCGCUCGAUUCAGGCUGUGCGACCGCGUUCUCGCCGAGAAAGGACUUGAUGAAGAAUUAUCGGGCGCGCCCGACUCACUGGUUGAUUUAUGCACAGGUCAUGCGCAUGCCGCGAUCACUCGGUGUAGAGACGACAUCAAGCGCCACGCUAAGCCACUGAAACGGUGGGCUAUUGGGGAAGAGGACGAUCGGAAGACGGCGGACCACCUGCGUACCCACAAACUAGGUCCGGAUUGGCGCGAGGAGCUGUGUGGAAAUCAAAUUUUUAGGCGCUUAUCCCGGUAACUGCAUCUGCUCGAUGGCGUGGAGGUCUCACUGGUUGACUCCGCACAGGCAAGGAGGACCCCUACCUGUGCACGUACGGCUUUUUUUAUUGGGGCUGGGCGUUGACGUGCAACAAGAACCUGCGGAGGGCGUGGGGCCUCGACCCGAAAGCGGGCAACCCGUGGGCCGAGUUUGGUGGAUUGAUGAGCUGGUUGUUGGGAGACGCCCGCGCCUCGAUCGUAUCUAGGGUGCACAAGGCACUCGGCGACAAAAACAUAAAGUGCGACGUGGGAAUGCAUCUGAGACGCGCAGAUAACCUUCCGGGCGACGGGAAACAACAGACGGAGAACUUGAAGUACAAGGUAGUGCAUAAAUCAAUUGUUGCUGCGGCGGCGGCGCGUCCACUGGGGAACCAUGACCCUGCACGCCAUCGACGCGACGCAUGCUCGACGGCGAGGGACUCACUGGUCGAUUUGCACAUAGGUACAAGGUCCACCUCGAACAAGCACUAAAUGGAAUCCCACAUCCCAAUGUUUACAUCGCCGCCGACCACGAGUCGAAGAAAACGAAGUGGAUGCUGAUGCACCACCUAGAGGAGCGACCGGAUACGCAUAUACUCUCAGUCGGUCAAAGGGGGCGCGUCGCGGACCGGGGAUCACGUUCUGGUUUAUUGGACGCCCUGGCCGAGAACUUCAUCCUGUCGUCGUGCGAUACGCUUCUACCUCGCGGCACGGGUGCCUCGACGUUCCACGACGUCGCCGUCGCGCGGGCCGCGUUUCAGCAAAAGUGGAACGAGUCGCGGGCCGCCGCCUUCGCGUUUCGACGGAAGGAUCGGCCCGCGCGGCCGCUGAUCAGUCCUGCGCUCUGCGCGGAUCUGGACGAGCAGCGCAACGCGUCGAAUAGUACUAGUUAAUUCCAUGUUUUACUUG